AUGUGUAGCUCCGAUGUCUUCCUGGCCGUGCUGGCCAUUCUAUUCCCUCCUAUUGCUGUCUGGAUCAAGGCGGGGAUCUGCACUGCCGACUCCAUCAUCAAUAUCGCCCUCUGUCUACUAGGCUACGUCCCCGGUCUCAUUCAUGCCUGGUACAUUAUCCUCAAAUAUCCCGAUCCCGAUUAUGACAACGCCUACGAGCCCAUCCCUGGUGGCUCCAGCCAGCGUCGUGACUUGGAAAAUGGCCGCGUGACCUACUACUAUGUUUCAAACCCGCCUCUCCAGCACCCCUCCCAGCAGCGAAGCUACGGUGCGACCCAGCAACCUCCUUCCAACUCGAAUGCCCCCUCCGGUAACCAGCCAUCUGGUAACAAGGCCCCCAAUCACCCGCAAGAAGGUGCUGCAGGCAGCAGUGGACAAAAUGCCCCGCCAACAUACGCAGAAGCCGUGAGGGGCGACAACAAGAUUCAGACCCAGGAUUAA